CUGAACGGUCGUGUCAGAGGUGGGGUAAAUCGCUUUUUUCCGCAAACUUUCCACCCUUUUUUACGCGAUGCAUGAAUGUUAAAUCAACUUAGAAGUAAGCUAGUCACAACACAAAUUAUUUAAAGAAAAUUGAUUCGUCAAGUGUAGUGCAUGGAACUUUCCUGAAAUGUAAAUAAGAAUGAUGAAAGUUUUAAAAAUGUACCAGUAAAGUGAUGAAUUGGAGGCGUCAGUCUGGUCAUAAGUCAGCCCAGGAACACUGAAAAGGCGUUUCCUGGCAUAGGGUACCGGCGGGUGCGGGAGGAUGCGGCGGCAUGCACCGCGUGCUGCUACUACUGGCGACGCUCACCGGCGCCGGCGCACCCCGAGUCAACGCCACUGAAUCCCAGACGUCAUCGGACGCCCAGCUCUCCUACAACUCGAUCGUGACCAUCAUGCCGACAAUCACCAGCUCCUACAGAAGCGUGAGGCCAACCAGCAAGCCUCGGAGGAAGAACAAGGUCCUGAAGGCAGACUCUCCGAUGCUCAACUACAUCUUCGACUCGUAUGCAACGAGCAACAAACAUUUCCAUGAUAAAUUUAAGGCUCCAUCGUUCGAGGGUGGUCUGGACUCCGACACCGUCAUAGACGCCGACACGGGGGCCAAAGUAUUAUUCGAUUGUCGUGUCACAUCUCUCAGAGAUAAAAUGGUAUCGUGGCUAAGAGUGUCUGAGAACGAAAAUUUGGAAUUACUUACUCUAGAUCUUGAUAGACAUACAGCUGAUUUAAGGUACAGAGUAGAUCUAGCUGGUGACAACUGGAGGUUGGAGCUUUCUGACUCAAAUGUCCAAGACUCCGGCAUAUAUUGUUGUCACGUCUCAACGCAUCCGCCCAUGCUUCGGAGAGUCCAAUUGACUGUACAUCCACCAGAAAUAAAAAUGAGCAAGGAAGCGUUCCUCGAGACGGGAGAGACGCUGUCCCUCAAAUGCGCCAUCCUCCACUUGCACCCCGGCGAGGCCGCUCCCCUGAUGCACUGGUUCAGAGGGAACACCACCGUGCCCCUCGAUGAGGUCAGGGGAGGGGUGCUGAUAGAGACUGACCACUUGACCAUGACCAGCCAUUUGCAGGUGGCGCAGUUAAAGAUGGAGGAUGCCGGCAACUACUCGUGCGUGUUGCGAACUCCGCUAGCCAUGAGCGCCACAACCAGGGUGCAUGUGCUACAAGGUUCCAGUCUGGCCGAGCUACAGAGCGGCGUGAAGACAUCUACGGCUUACAGUGGUCUUCUGCUGGUGUCAUUAUUAACGGUUUUAUGUCAAACCUUAAGGUUCCAAUCACCAACUAUCGUCAGGUGACCUGACUAGUGCAAUGAAAUAUAUUUUGAAGCUAUAUUCAGUCUCAGUUUUUAUAAAUGUACUUAUCUACCGAUGGAAAAGUAAUCACAAUUCGUCGUGGAUAAUGUUUUUGAUUUGAACUGAUACUUAGUCGCUUUCAAUAUCCAACCUGCAGAAGGAAUUUAAAUUUUCUAUUGUCAAAACAACGGCGUGAAUACUUAUUAACUGAUUAUGAUUAUAAAGAUACGGUCAAAAGCAUUCCUAAACCUACUGAAACAAAUAUAAUAUAUUAUGGUAUUUGGUACAAUAUAAUACAAAAGUUAUGUUUAUUGUUAAAAUACAAAGCAAACUGUUCCAGGCAAACUUUUCAGAGGAGUCGUUCUGUGGUUUGAAUAUUGAAAACAAAAUAUGAAAGGAAUUUAAAUUAUAUUACAUGUUAAAUUGUCGUCAAGUCCAUGUUAUUUUGAUUUUAAACUUAUUUUUUACUGAAAAAAACUUAGUUUGAUGUGCCGUCCAUCUAUUAUUUUGGACCAUGUGUGUGUAAAUAUGAGAUAUUUAAAUGAAAGUGAACUAAAUCACUUAAAAUGUAGAAAUUUAUAACACUUAUAGUCUGAAAUAUAUGCCUGGUAAAUAUAAAAAUAUCAUAUUUCCUAAUUUAUGAAUUUUUCUUCCUGAUAUUUUUUGUAAUGUUACCAUAAUUUACCACACCUUUUGUUGUUAAAUACAUACUUAUCAAGUUGUACCUACAUAUCACAUUGACAUAUGGAAAAAAUAUGUACCAUAUCGUUAUUCUAACCAUCAUAUUUAUACAUGUGAAUAUACCUUAAUGUUUAAGUAAAAUCUAUCUAAUUACUCAAUCUUAAAUCUAAUGCACUCACUUUGUACAUAGUAUGUUAGCUUUAUUUUAAAAACUUAUUUGUACUGUUAUGUGCACGAACCAAACUGUAUUCUUGUCUAAUAUUUGAAUAUUUAUUUAAACGCCAAUUCCUAUAAAUUAAUAUGUAGGGACAUCUCACAUACGGCUUUCCCACCCCGAGCUGUAAUAUGGGUAUCGGGCAGCUGCUAUACCUACACAAAUACAUUAUCACCCAGUAUAUGUAGAUACCUGUAAUAUCUAAAUACCUAUCUGCCCCGGCUAGGAAUGGAAUCCAUCAGGACCUUCGUCAUAGCAGUCGCUAACCACUACACUAUUCAGCCGCCUCCCAAAAGCGACCCAAUGUUAUGGCUGAUGAAUUUAUUUGUUGAUUAAAAUAAAAUUCUUAUAUAAUGAGUUUGAUGUAAUACCUAUAGAUCUUACACUAAAAAAUAAAUUAUUUACAUUAUAAUAUAAUUGUAUUGGUGCUUUA